AAAAGUCCUACUAUCGUAAACAAUCAUAGAACAAGUACAGAAAGUUUGAGAGUGCUCGAGCGACACGAGAGAACAAAAGGAAAGUUAUAUCCGACAGAGAUAUUUCACCAUGGCAGAGUCAGAUUUGACUGCACAGGAAUGGAAAGAGAAGAUAUCGCAAAUGCUCGAUUUAGUAUUUAACGUGAGCGCAGAAAAGGAGAAACGUGAAACCGCUAUGACCGAUCUACUUGUGCUCGUACGUGACGAAGCUAGUGCCAAGGAGAUAUUCCAAAAAGAAGCUGUAUCAAAAAUCGCAGAACUUAUAAAAGUUGAAAAGAAUGAAGAAGCGAACUGUAGCGCGAUUCGUAUUGUGGGCGAGUUAUGCAAGAACAAUAUUAAACAAACCGAGUCCAUUAUGAGAUAUGUCGGUUUGCUUUGGUGUCUGGAAAUCAUGAACAGCACAUCUCCAAAGAUAGUCAACGCGUCUGAAUAUUGUUUACAGAACAUAUUGAACACUUACAGCGGCAUGAAUAAUGAACGCGAUUCAAAACCCGAUAAGACUUUGUGCGAAACACAUAAGAAUGAACUUGAUACGAUUCUGUCAUGCUUAUUGAAUAGCGUAACGAAUAAAACAAUAACUAGACUUGCUAGAGACGCAAUAAUAGAAUUUAUUACGCGUAACAUUCAUACUGCAUUAAACUGGGCUGAACAAUUGGUCGAGCUUCGCGGUUUGCAAAAAUUAUUGGAGAUAGCCAGUCAAUUGGAGAAAUACGAAUCCUUGUUUGACAUAACGUCUUCCACGCGAACUAUAAUCAGUAUGUGCUUAGCAAAGAUAUAUGAAAACAUGUACUGUAAUGGUGAUAAGAGGAUAUUUAUCAAUGCCAUUAAAGAAUUUAUUGAUGAUAAAUUGCUUAAAUCUGACACAGAAUCCAAAGUGGGCAUAGUAGUGGCGAUAACAACCUUAAUAUUCGGUCCGUUAGAUGUUGUGGGAGCAGUUAUCUUUAAGCAAGGGAUUUUUCAGAUAAUCCUUCGUAUGUCAAAAACGGAUGACGUGUUGCAACAAAAAGUGGCUUGCGAGUGUAUCGUUGCUGCUAUGACCAAAUAUAAAAAGGCCAACUGGUUCAUAUGUCAAUGUAUAAAUAUAUUGGAGAACCUGUAUCAAUCUAAGGAUGACUCAAUACGGGUUCGAGCGUUAAUUGGUCUAUGCAAGAUAAGCAAAUUUGAAAAAAGCAUUUUACGCCGUUACACGACUAUCGAACCGUUCGCAGAUGGAGCGACGAAGAAAUUGGCCGAGAUUUGCAGAAGAUUCUUGAUUAAUCCCAAAAAAAAAGAUAUGAGAAAAUGGGCCGUUGAUGGCCUGUCGUAUCUCACUAUUAUCGUCGAUGUCAAAAAAGAGUUGAUCAAAGACCGACAAGCCGUUAAAGCGAUGAUCGAGCUCGCCGAGACUAACGAUCAAUCGGUUAUCUUCGGCCUGAUCAUUAUAUUGGUGAACUUGUGCGGCAUUUAUGAUGUGAAAUCUGAGGAAGAUCUCAUACCCGAGUUGAUAGAACUUAUAAUGUUUACCAAACAUUAUUUUCUCAGCAGAGAACCUCAGCUCAUCUUAAAUGAUGACGAAUCCCAUAAAAAUAGACAGCGCGCGUUAGUGGAAGUUGGUGUGAUCAGCGCUCUGGUGAGAUUAGCCAAAACAGACAACCAGAACUGCAGGCAAUUGAUUGCUCUCGUUUUCUCCGUGAUAUGCGCUCAAGAGAAAUUGAGAAAAAUAGUUGUUGAACAAGGCGACGUGAAAGCAUUGUUGUCGUUAGCGCUGAAUGGCACAGACAAGGGAAAGAAAUCCGCUUCGCGAGCCUUGAUGCAUCUAGCACUCACAAUAGAUCUUGAGGUUGCAUUUCCCGGUCAGAUAAUGAUAAAGGUUGUUCAGCCGAUCAUAAAUCUCCUGAAUUCGAAGUUUUUCGAAAAUAUCAGAUGCGAAGCUUUAACAGCUUUGUGCAAUCUAGCUAGCGUCAACAACAGCAUGCGAGAACAUAUAUUCAAGGCAGCAGGAUUUGAGAAAAUCGAGGACUAUAUGCAUGACGAUAACGACAAGUUGAAACGAAAGGCCGCACAACUCAUAAACAAUUUGGUUUUAUGCCAUGAAGUUGCUAUCCAAUAUUGCGAGCCGACACCUUAUCGAGUUGGGUAUCUUACAUUAUUAUUCGAGGACAAGGAUGAAGAUACUGUUAAGGCAGUGGUUGGAACAGUGGCGAUACUGACGAUGGUCAGCAAAAAGGCUUGCAAAGAAAUAAUUUAUUCGGAUUACUCGCUAAAAUUCCUACACAACUUAAGAAACAUCCUCUCUAAUCCAAACGAUGAUAUACAACUUAAGGGGAUCCUAAUUGCGUUAAAUCUGAUGAAUUGUUCGAAAGACGUCGUUGCAAACGACGAUACCAUACUAAACGAGGAGUUCGAGGAAUUAGCAUCCCUUGCUUUAAAGGCUGCUGCGGAAUGGGAUGACGAAAUCUACGGAAAUUUCGAAGGAAACGAAUCGGCACAAAGCACUGAUGGUAAUAUGGAACAUGUCGAUUAA